CAUGCGUGCAUGGCCAAGAAAUCAAACGUAGUAGAUGCUUUCCCUUUCUCUUUCUUUCUUUCUGAUGUGCUCAGGUCAUUUAUACCGGGGCUACACUCUUGUCAAGCUUACCUAUCGAUCUAUAAAUGAAUCCCUCUUCUCCAUAUUUUUCUUCGAGCACUCCCACGUAGCUUCCUCCUGCUUACACUCUUUGUGAACGACGAGAGCAACGCAGACAUGGUUAGAAGCACAGGAUACACGGUAACAGUGAAGGAGACGGAGACAGUGGCGGCGGCGUCGCCGGUGGGUGAACACCGGCUACCUCUGUCGAACCUGGACCUGCUCUUACCGGCCUUGGACGUCGGCGUCUUCUUCUGCUACAAGAAGCCGAGGGGGAAGCACUACCCCUCCUUGGCCUCCAUGGUCUGCUCGCUCAAGGCGUCGUUAGCGGAAACGCUCGAGACGUACUACCCCUUCGCGGGCGAGGUCGUGGCGAACUCGGCGGGCGAGCCGGAGUUGCUCUGUAACAACCGCGGGGUGGACUUCGUCGUGGCCCAGGCGGACGUGGAGCUCAGGGCGCUGCGGCUAUGCCACCCCAGCGAGAGCGUCGAGGGGAAGCUGGUGCCGCCCAAGAAGGGAGGAGUUCUAUGUGUUCAGGCGACAGAGCUCAAGUGCGGCGGCCUGGUUUUGGCCUGCGCGUUCGACCACCGCGUCGCCGAUGCCUGCUCCACCAACAUGUUCUUGGUGGCCUGGUCGGAGCUCUCCACAUCGAAGCCCCUGUCUUGCCUUCCCGCCUUCCGUCGCUCCCUCCUGUUCCCUCGCAGCCCGCUCCGCGUCGACCACUCCUUUGACCACCUCUACGUCCCCUUCUCCUCCCUCCCGCCCCCCGAACAUGAUCACUCCGAAGAAGCCAUCAACCGCAUCUACUACAUCGCCGCCGCCGACAUCGACCGCAUGCAGUCGUCCACCAAGGGGAGAACCAAAAUCGAGGCGUUCACCGCCUACCUCUGGCGCGCCCUGGCGAUAACGGCGGCGCCGGGGGACAACUGGUGCCGCAUGGGCAUCGUGGUGGACGGCCGGGCUCGCCUCCGCGACACUGUCAUGUCCAGCUACUUCGGCAACGUGCUGUCGAUCCCCUACGGCACUCUGCGCGUGGAGGAGCUACGGCGGAUGGAGGUGGCGGAGGUGGCGGAGGUGGUCCACUCGUGGCUGCAGCAGGAAGCCACCGAGGAACACUUCCGGGGGCUGGUCGAUUGGGUGGAGGCGCACCGCCCAGAGCCGGCGGUGGCGAGGAUUUACUCCAAGGAAGGGGGACCGGCAUGCGUGGUAUCGUCAGGGAGGGAGUUCCCGGUGGCCGAGGUGCAGUUCGGGUGGGGGAAGGCGGCGUUCGGGUCGUACCACUUCCCAUGGGGCGGAAGCACCGGCUACGUGAUGCCGAUGCCGAGCGCGACGGCGGCUGGGGACUGGGUGGUGUACGUCUAUCUCCUGAAGAAGGUGGCCGAGGUGCUGGAAGCGGAGCAGCCACCGGUGUUCCGCACCUUGACCUCGGAUUACUAUCUUCCAUGAACCAACUGCGACACUGCACGUCCUCAAUGCUGCCUUCCUCGUGUUUGCUGUGGCGAAAGCUUUCGAUCGUGUGCGAAUUCUAUAUGCUUUAGAAAACAUCAAAUAACACUGUGUUUGUGUUUCA